UAUACGUUACAUGUAACAUGCUUGAGUAUAUAUAACAUUUAUAUACUGUGCUUGCUGGGAAAGAACUUGGAAUAAACCAUUAAUAUUUACGAGAAAUCACAAUAAAUUAAUAUCAAUUAUUUAAUAAUUCUGCGAUUCGUAUCUGGUCCUAUGAUAGUUGCGCGGCUAUUGGCCACCCUGGGGAAUAAACGUCGGUAAACGCAGUUAUGUACCGUCAUGGCGACGCUGCCGCCGCGGAAAAAUCCGACUCCUACGAAAAUUUCGAAACAGCAUCUGACACCGUUGCAAACGCUCCUGCAGCUGGGUUUCCCGAAACACCGGGCGGAGAGGGCAUUAGCCGCAACAGGAUACCGUGGUGUGCAAUUGGCAUCAGAUUGGCUGCUGGCACAUGUGAGAGAUCCAACUUUGGAUUCUGAUACACAGCGGCAGUAUGUUCUCUAUGCUUGUCCAACGGGAUCAUUAGCUGAACAGCUCGAGCUGUUUUGGUCAGACAGUAAAAAUCUAGGAUGGAACGGGGCUCAUAGCUUUAUACCACACAUUACUCUCGUCUCCUUCUUCAGCGCUCCCGACGAAUUCACAGAAGAAUUAGUAAAUGCUCUUGAGAAUGUGGCUCAUCAGGAUGGAUUGCCUGAACAUAUCGAGUUAGAGACGUAUAUGUCGCCUAAUUUUAUGGGUCUUUUCGUCAAGGAUGUAAACGCGGAAUGGCUGAAGAACAUCGCUGUUCGCUACGUCAAUAAAAUCGCCGCCCUAGGUAUCACUGCCGAGCCGCAAAUCAAAUCUCUGCAUCUUACGCUGGCCUACCAGUUUCCCAGUAACUUAUUUCAACCGCUUCGCUUGAUAGCCGAGAAACUGAAACCGAACACGCCGGCCAAUUGGGAACUUAGAUUAUAUUCUAGAGAUUCUAGAUUGCAGAAUUUGCAUGUGCACAAAGUCACGCACGCCCACUUGCCCCGGGAACACGACGAGUUAGAAUUAAGAGUGGGAGAUUACAUUUACGUUCCGGAGGGAGCCUGCAGCGCGUCCACGGAUGGCUGGGUGGAGGGUAUCUCUUGGUUGACCGGGAUAUCCGGCCACUUACCGUUGAAUCAUACCAAAAGGACUGCAGAAUCGGACUCGUGGACAUUGCACACCACCGUGCCGAUCACCGACAAUAAAAGCGAAAGCGCGGAAGAGGCGGACGAGAUCCCGAAAGUUAGAAGACCACCGCCGGUUCUGUCUCCGAGCGAUUCUGUCGAUACCCCCGAUGGGAUUCCUAUUGCCGACGAGCCAGUAAUUAUUUCUAUGGCAGGUUCAGAAGCACCUCAAACACCGUCCAGAGAGAUUUUCAUAUGUCGCCACGGUGAGAGAGUGGACUUCACUUUUGGCACGUGGAUCCCGUACUGUUUCGAGUCGAACGGCUUCUACGUGCGCCGCGACUUGAAUAUGCCGAAGGAAGUGCCGUCCAGGAACAUCCAGGACUUUCAGAACGACAGUCCGUUGACCACCGUAGGUGAGAUGCAGGCGAGUUUGGUAGGCGAGGCCAUGAAGUCGUCGAGCAUCAAGAUAGAUGUGGCCUUCACGUCGCCGUCGUUGCGUUGCGUUCAGACCCUCGCUCAUAUUCUAAAGGGAUUCGAGUCCGACAUUCCUAUCAAGGUGGAGCCAGGUCUGAUAGAAUGGUUGGCCUGGUAUCCGAACGGAAUACCUGUCUGGAUGACUUCCGAGGAGUUGCAGAAGGCGGGCUUCAACGUGGAUCUGGAUUACGAUCCGAUCGUGAAGGCGAAGGAGCUUCCUCCGAAGGAGAACGCAGCGCAGUAUUACGAACGCAGCUACGAGGUGAUCAAGAAGAUCAUAGAGAGUACGGUUGGUAAUAUUUUAAUAGUAGCGCAUGCAGCUUCCCUGGCAGCUUGCACCAAACAAUUGACCGGUGGCAGGAUACCCCCUGCGGCCGAAGUGACUAGAUUAGUUCAAAGGGUACCUUAUCUGGCCUGCGUGACCGCGCGUCAAGGUAUCGAUGGUUGGCAGCUCCAUCCUCCUCCUUUUCCACCGAUCACCCAUACCAGCAACAGUAGAUUCGAUUGGAAGGUUCUAAUGUAAUUAAUGUUGCGCGCGAGUUUUAGCUUUUGUUGAGAAGACCUUUUACAAAAUCUAUAAUAUAUAUAUACACACACAAAAGACUGUUAUAAUACAAUGAAUUUUUAUGCAGGGCUGUACUCAAUGUCAAUGACAUGGAAACAACAGUAUUCAACGAAUCAAAAAAAAAUUCUGGAAAGAUAUAUAUUUGACAUAUUUAAAAUACGAUAAAAAAACAAAGACCUAGUCGAGUGCUCGACGGUUGAAAAAUAUUUAUUUCCUGAGAGAAUUAAACAUACGGGUAUUGAAAUAUAGUUUUAUCCCUUAAUGACGAUUAUAUAGAACGCAAAUACUAGCCAAAAUGUUAUUAUUGAUAUAUCAUGUUAUAUAUCAAUUUCUGGUAAAUAUCUAAUAUAUAUAUAUAUAUAUAUAUAUAUAUAUAUAUAUAUAUAUAUAUUAUAUGAUAUACUAGUCUUGAUUAGACACAUUUUCUUGCCUAAUCUUAUAAUAAGGAUAAGGCACUAAAUAUAAUUACAAAGUGGUUUAAUAUUUUAAAAUAACAUGCUAUUUUCUUAUUAAUAUUCGUAUAACUGUUCAUAUUUCUCUCCAACAUAUUAUAAUACGAUAUAUUAAAGUAAAAGUGCAGAAAAAUGCAUAUUAUUCGUGUGAUUUUCUGUCAAAAAAAUAGAGAAAUAUUUCCAUGCGAGCUUUUAUCAACAUUUCUUGAAAAUUUUAGAAUUACAACAUGUCAAUUAAGUGUGACAUUAAUCUAUCUAAUUUAAUAUCUGCAUUGCAUAAAAUAAUAAUAUAUAUAUUUAUAGUUAUCGUUAUUGAUGUUACCUUUUACAGAAAAGAGAAAAAUGAUGCAUUUAUAUAUA